AUGAUCCCAUCAAUAUCUCCGAGUGAAAUGCUAUAUACCGUCAUUGAAGAAAAUCCACAUCAAUGCGCAAUGCGUAUUCGAUACCAUUUAUUAGAACGAGAAAUACUUCCAGAGCUUAUUGUUCGCAUUACUGUAACGUUCUGCAGUGAUGAGAUUGUAUUCCUAAACGGUGUUUUUCACGACUCACCUUCUUGGUUUAUGAUUCAAUCUGCCAACAGUAUCUCGCAUUUCAUGAAGGUCAAAGGACGGAUGUUUGCAGAGAUCGAGCGAUCCAGGAUUGAAGACAACACUGUACAACUGGCAAUGGCUAUUCGGGCAUUGGCUGGAUUAGUUGGAUAUAUGGGGAUCAAGCUAAACGACGUGGAGAUUGGCAAGUGCUUGGAACUUUUACAAACGACCAAAACCGAACGCAUCGUCAAGUUAUUAUUGAGUCUGAUAUUACUAUCGUCAGAACAUGCGAUUCGCUUACAGAGCCGGAAGGUGGGAAAAAAUAUGCCUAAAUAUCAGAUGAAUAACGGGGGGAUGGAUGUGGAAAAGCGAACAUUAGCAGGUGUUCUUUCCCAACUGUUACAAACGGGCGUAUCGGAAAUGCCCAUGCUCCUGAUGGUGUAUUUUCAAACGGAUCAAUUUGGACAAAUUGAAGCGAUGGCGCGAUCGAUUCUAGACAUGAAUGUGGCUAUUCCCAAGCUUGCACUAUUCGAAAUGCAGAAAUUAUUCAGGUCGAUCGAUACAAAUUGA